CGAGAUCGUCGACAGACAGAGCUUCAUUCAUGUGUUGAGGUAAUGAAUCCCAUUCCUUGAUGAUCCAACUGGAUAGUCAGGUGACAACUAGUUUAUUCUGGGCUUAUGAACAUUUUAAGUGUCCUCGUAAGUUUACUGUUUUGGAAGACAAGAAAAUUGUGGACACAUCAGAUGCGAACUUACCGCUAAGUUGUUUAAAAACUGUGAUCAAGUCACCUCUGGUUCUUCUAUAUGACAAUGAGAAUUGGUUUAGUUUGGCCAGUCUGCUAUCAUACAGGAGCUUCUCUAUUCCGAGGAUCAGUUUAGUUGCAGUUCUUCGAACCUUUUCCAACAGCUCACUCUCUUUAGGCAGGGACUAUCUGCUUGCAUGCAGUGCUAGAGUUUAGGACGAACAAGCACUGUAUACAAAGUCGAAAAGAUUUUAGAAUGGACGUAGUUGAAUACUAACACACAGACUAUAGGGUUGGAAGACCUUUGCGGCAAUUGUAUGGGAGUAUGCAGUAGCUCUUAAGUCAUAGCCCCGAGGUGCCGUAGUAUGGCGGGGGUGGUGUGAAUCCGCGCGCCCAUGCGUGUACAGCCACUGACAGGAAGUCCUACUCACUGCCUUCACGUGGUGAGGGUGUUGUUUACAAAAUUGAGAGGACGAAAAGCGUAUGCCCAACGACCGACUACCUCGACGUGCUAUGCUCAGUGGUAUAGGAGUAGGUUGGAAAAAAGCUAGGGGCGGCCAAACCAAAACAUGGCACAAGUCCAUGGAGUCACUGACAAGUGGACUGAGUCAUGUUGGUAGGUGUAGACUACCUGGUUGGGGACCGCGAGAUGAUAGUAACCGAUGGUUAGAGACCCUGAAUGACAUGGCUGAAAAUCGUUUGCAAUGGCGCAGGUGCAUCCACUCUCUGUGUUCUCCCAAAUUCUAAUCUUUUGAAUUCUUCAUGUCCCUUUUUUCCUCUUUCCAAAUUUAUUUCACUGGAUUAUACUCUUUAAAUAACAUCUCCAAACCCUAAUCUUCCCGAUUACUGCUUAUACUCUUAUUACCUCUACCACUACGGGAUUUGAAUCGACAACUGCAUCUCUGUGCUAAUGUGGUGUGGCAACUCGAACUGAUGUACGUACGUACGAAGUUCUACGUUGUUACUGACUGACUGGACGAAAAGCGAGUGUCCGGCACUUUAACCGGGUCGAUGGAUAUAGAGGAUCCACCUAGUGUAGUUGGGAAACCCUGAUUCCAAACCAAUGGUGCAAAUGGGCUCCCGGAUCCUGGGGAGGGGUAAAUGGCGUGUGAACCGAUUGUUGGUUACCGGCUACCAUGGAAUUACAUCUCCUCACGCUGCCUCACUGUCUUAUGGAUUAGACCUUUAGGUCGAAGGAUCUGAGUGUGGCACCCUAGGGAGUCCACCUGCUUCAGUUUGGACACCCGGAUAGUAUCACAGCCUUCACACAAAUCAAGUGAUCUGUGUGGCGCAUAUGUAUUUGGUGCCUCCUUGUACUAAUGUUUAUGCGUUCAAAUAAAUAAAUAAACCUACUAUAGCGUUCUUAUGGUCUUUUGCAAUCUACUUAGGGUUACAUUUAGGUCCAAGUACAUGCUUAAGGGAUUAACGAUGAAAUUUGGCAUUUCGUUUAUUAACCUAAAUGCGUUUCUAACUUUUGUUAUUUUUCCUUAUUGCAGCCGUGGGAGGCGGCGACUAUUUAUUAACAUAAAGAUCCAGUCACAUGUCGAAACGCUCUGGCUUAGGUGUGAUCACUAGCGAAGAGUUAUCAAAACCUUUAAAAUUGUCAAAGCCAUCUUUGGAUAGUGAUGAAGAAGACUAUAACGAUAAAGAUUGUUUCCGAUUACAUGAAGCAGAUAUAGAUGGUCAGGAAGCUACGACUUUAGAGUAUGAUGAUGAAGUUAAAAUAACUCCAUUUAACAUGAAAGAAGAGCUUGAGGAAGACGGUCACUUCGAUUCCGCUGGCACUUUCAUUUUCAAGAAACAAGUUGAUGCUCGUGAUAAUUGGUUGGAAGAUAUUAAUUGGCUAGAAGUCAAGAAAAACCAGGAAAAGAAUUCAUUGAAAGACACAUCGAUAAGCGAUGAACUCGGCGGGAAAGUGCUAAGUAAAGAGGAGAAACUCGCUUUGUACCAAGAACUCUUAUCUUAUUUACAACCUUCUGAGACCGUUUGCGCAGUAUCAGACGUAUGGGUGCCUGUUCAGAUACUAAGAAGUCCGCUUCAGCCAGCCAACGCUGGCUACGAAAUAAACAUCCGAAAACUAAAACUGAGACCGGCAAUCCAGAAGGAUUAAUUCGUGUUACUGAAUUAGCUGACCAACUUGUUCAAGGCGGAGAUUUUGAUGUUUAUCAAAAAACAUUCGACGAUAUAAAAAACUGAUAGAAUGUACAAAACAAUUCGCAGCAGAUGAUGAACUUGAAGUCCUCGGUCAGGCAUUUGAUGAAAAGCAAGGUGACGAUAAAGGUGGAAUCAAAUCAACUGAAGAACAUGAUGGUACUGACCAUGAUGGCAGUAAUAAUAAUACCUCAGUCAUGUGGCAUUUAAAACGUUCAAAUAAACCAAAUACAGAAAUUGAAGGACCAUACACAUCUGAACAAUUAAAAGUGUGGCUUCAAGAUGGAACAUUUAAUGACGAUGACAAUAUUUUAAUACGUGAAUCAACGAAGUCUGAUGGACAAUUCUAUAACAUCACACGUAUUGACUUUGAUUUGUAUGAAUGAGAGUAAAUAUUCACUUCUUCAAUAUUAUGUUCCCUUCGUUUAUGCAUUCUAUUGUAUAUAGAAAAAUUUGUGAAUAUAUAUGUUCGUUUUUUCUGUUGAUUUCUUACCUUACCUUUCGCAUAAUUUUAUUAGCAUAUUGAGAAAGAACAUUUUAUUCAUGUCUGUUUAACGAUCGAUGUUGCAGCAUUUAUGGAAUGGUAACAGUUUUUUUUUACCGAAAAUCGGGGAAUUAAAUAUUUUACACUCUUCACGCAGUGUUUCGUGGGAAGGAUGAAAAUUUGGCUAUAGUUUACAUUACUAACUAAUAUUGAU